UGAAGGGGACUUUGCCUGUGAUGAUGACGCCACUGUAUUUCUUCACCUGUGCUAACAAUUUCCAAACUUAGCUCCACCAACGAUCGCCCGCAAUCAAUCUACUCUCGUUGAAGCUACAAAUCGGCUUUAUCGCCUUGCAUAGUUGGCAAUAGGCUAUGUUCAAGUCACGGUCUUUGGCACAGAAGGUAUUUCGAGCUCAGACCCUUGAUACCCGACGAAACAUGAGCUCUCAAGAUAAGAUUCAUUUCGGGCCAUUUGAGGUCACCAGCCAGGUCUUCUACAAGACAGCACACUCCUUCGCCCUGGUAAACCUCAAGCCCCUCCUCCCAGGCCACGUCCUCGUCUGCCCCCUCAAACCCCAUAAACGCCUCACGGAUCUCCAGCUCGUCGAGGUUACGGACCUCUUCACAACGACACAACUCAUUCAGAAGAUGCUCGCCCGUCGCUACUUUUCCAACACCACGUCCACGUCAGAACCAGCAGCGCCGGAGGCUGGAUCGUUUAACAUUGCGGUCCAGGACGGCGCCGACGCGGGGCAAACGGUGUCGCACGUCCACGUCCACAUUAUCCCCCGCGUCCCAGGCGAGACGGGCAAGGACGGGGAAGGGCCGAGGGAUGAGAUUUAUGAACAGAUGUCUGCUGAGGAAGGGAACGUUGGUGGCGCGUUGUGGGAUGCGGAGUUGGGGGGGAGACCGGAGGCUGGAGGGAAGUUUGCGAGGAUUGAGGAUGCGAUGAGGAAGGCGAGGGGGAUGGAGGAGAUGGUGGCGGAGGCGGAUUCGUAUCGAGAGUUGUUGAAGGAUAUGGGCUCUCUCAGCGAGAGCUAAAGUCCUUAUUUAUCAUACAAUAUCACAAUGAAUUGAGCACUUCAAAAGGUCAUAUGCUACAUGUUUCGC